UGGGAGUCCCCUGACAGAUGCAGGCUUGGCCCUCCUCAACCCUGCUCUCUCCAUCCACCCCUCGCUGGUGGCUCUGGAUCUAGGAGACUGCAUGCUGGGUGAUGAAGGCAUCAACCUUAUCUGUGGGCUUCUGCCGCCUGACGGGGCCAAGUCCGGCCUCAAAGAGCUAACACUGAGCGCCAACCCAGGUGUCACAAGCAAAGGCUGGGGACGCCUGGCCAUUGCCGUGGCUCACAGCUCACAGCUCCGCGUGCUGAACCUGGACUACAACCCGCUAGGUGACCAGGUAGCAGGGAUGCUCGCCGUCGCUGUGGCCUCCAGUCGAACUCUCGAAGUUCUGGACUUGGAGGGAACAGGACUUACCAACCAGUCUGCCCUGACCUUGCUGGACAUGGUAGAGAAUUACCCCACAGCCCUACGGACGCUCAUCCUCGCGGAGAACAACAUUAGUCCUGAGCUGCAGCAGCAGAUCUCUGACCUGCUCUCAGAGGGUGAGGAAGAGGAGGAGAUGGAAGCUCGUGAAGUCACAGCCAGGGAGAAGAGCCCCUGGAUCUGCCAGAACAGUAAGACCUCUGGGACCUGG